GGCGAUUGGACGUAGAUCAUGCGGUAUCCGUUCUUAGGGAUCAGACCGAUGGUGUUUGUUUUCAAAAAAGUUGCGUCUGAAAGCCAGAUUGCAUGCGCUGGCAAUGGUGACGGCUUAAAUGAAGGGGUCAACAUUGCUCUCUUUCAAGAACAUUGCUCUAAAUUUAAUGCACGCUUGCGCCAGAAUAUCUACAUCAGAGAUGCAGUACUCGAUCAACUCUUUUUGAAACUGAAAUACUACAUUGUUUGCGAUCGGCUCAUUGUGCCAAUUUUCAAAAUCUUUGUAAUUCUUCUCAAACAUAGUUUCAGGUCUGUAGUAUUCCUUGGGUGGGAUCAUCGGACCAACAUAAUUUUGGUUUGCCAAUGUGUUGAAAAAUGAGAGAAGUAGCCCUUCUUCUUCUCCGGAGGUAGGUCGUAGGCAUUGGGCAGUGCAGAGAGGGCCAUGGGGAAAUAGCUCAGGGAGUCUAUAAAUCUCACGUUAUCCAGUUCCAUCAAUAUUAUUUUUGUACCUCGCAUAAUCAGCUUCGGUGUGAAUUUUGCCUGUUCGAGGAUGUACUUCAACAAAAACUGGAAAUCGAGUCCCUGGCCGUUGUGAGCAAUGACACAUACGUUAUUGAAUGUUUUUCUAACAUCCAUUACAUAGUUCAUGAACCGAUUGACCGGAUCUUGUCUAAAGACCCUAGUGCGGUUGUUACAAUUUUGACUAAUGCAUUGCCAACAGAGCUGUUGGGAAACACAAAGGUUGACUUUAUGAACUUGCGUUUUCGUUUUAAGUUUUCAUCUUGCCGGGUCUCCAAAUCAAAGAAAAUAAAAAGAAAGUCUUUGGUUUUCGGCUUGUUAGUGUCAACCCGCAUGUAGCACUGGUGGUCCAGAGAUAUAAACUCGAUACAAAUUUUGCAAAACACUUCACCGCACACGUGUUUUGACUUUCGUUGUUUAAUAAACACAAGUUUUUCACAAUCUUUACAUUUUUUGAUUAAUUUGCUGCGAUCACUCUUGUGAGCCGCGAAACAAAUUUGGUUUUUGUAUUUUAUGUUACAUUGCGCACACAGGAUCCCCCAUGCUCUUCUUACACGGGGGGGGGGGAGACACUCUGACACGCAGGGCAGAUGUUUGAACACCUGUGCUCACCUUUAUGGUUUAAGCCCCCCACAGACUGACGAGCAUGUUCGCGAGCAUGCUGGCGUACAUGCUCGCGAACAUGCUCGGCGUUGCCCACACACGACCGGACAUGCUCGCGAACAUGCUCGCCGUCGCCGCUCAGUACUGUUGCUUCUCUACGGUGUGAUAGUCAAGUUUUGCAGUGCGGGUGCGAAAUGGAUGCAAACGCUGUGGUGGCCCUUUGUGGGGGUUUCGUUUGUUUGGAGGAGAAAAAACGCAAGGUACGUAAAAUAUGGUGCAAGAAUUGGCUUAAAAAUAGGAACCAGUUUAGCCACAUGUCACUGUUGCAAGAAUUAGCAUCAAAUGAACCAAAUGAUUAUAAAAAUUACCUGAGGAUGACUGAAGAUUGUUUCGAAGACAUUCUUAGACGUAUUUCUCCAGAUAUUGUGAAACAGAAUAGUAUUUUGAGGGAGCCGAUCAGCUGUAAAGAGCGCCUUGCAGCGACACUUCAGUUUUUAGCAAGUGGCAGAACCUAUGAAAACCUAAAGUUUAGCUGCGCCAUUUCGCCUCAGUCGCUGGGAAAAAUCAUACCAGAAACCUGCACUGCAAUUUAUAAUGCUCUACGUGAGGAAUACCUGCACUUGCCUGAGAAUGAAAGCGACUGGAUGAAUAUUGCUACAGAUUUUAAAAAAUACGGGCAAGUAGAAAACUGCGUGGGGGCUCUUGAUGGAAAGCAUAUUGCCAUCCUUCAACCUCCUGGAAGUGGUUCGUAUUUCUUCAAUUACAAAGGUUUCUUCAGCGUUGUAUUAUUGGCUGUGGUAAACGCAAACUAUGAAUUUAUGUACGUAAAUUGUGGAGUGAAUGGACGGGUGUCUGACGGGGGAGUUCUCUUUGAAACCGAUUUUGGGCAACAGUUGGAAAACGGCCAGUUGAAUUUGCCAUCACCAACGACCUUUCCAAACAACAGAGAUGUAUGUUUACCUUUUGUUUUUUUGGGAGAUGAAGCUUUCCCCUUAAAAGAAAACCUAAUGAAGCCAUACUCUAAUAAGGGAAUCACCCACGAUGAAAGGAUUUUCAACUAUCGUAUUUGCCGUGGAAGAAGAGUUGUUGAAAAUGCCUUCGGCAUUUUAGCAAAUAGGUUCCAAGUAUUGCAAACAACAAUCAGGACGAGCUUGGAAACCACUGAAGUUAUUAUUUUAGCUUGCUGCGCACUCCACAAUUAUUUACGAAGGAAAAGCUCAACUUAUUUGACACCUAGUUCGGUAGACUGGGAAAACACGGAAACUGCAGUUCUCACUGAAGGCGAAUGGAGGAAGAAUGUUCGCCAACUUUUAGGCAUGAAGCAACGCAAUCGGUCCGGGAAAGAAACAUCACUGGCUGAACCAAUCCGAAAAUACUACAGGGACUUCUACAACAACGAGGGACAAGUAGAGUUUCAAGAGCGCAUGAUAAAUCGCCGCUAAUGUUAUACAUUCUAAAAUAAACAACAGAUGGGCGUAAUGUAUAUGUUGUAGCCAAGGGUAACCCAAUGCAUUACCUCUUUAAUGGUCCACUGUAAAUAAUUGAAAUGGAAAAUAAUGACGAUGUGCUUUGCUUUUAAUAUGUGUUUAACUAUAAAUAUAUGCACAUUUUACUACAGUUGGUUGUACUUUCUUGGUAAGUAUAUGUUUCAGUUUUUGUUUGUAAAAUUAUUUGAGUCAAAUCUGACAUUGUCAAUAAAAUAAUAAAGUAGUUCAAAUGUUA